GGCUGACAGCUGAACGUAAAGGUACAGCGACGCAGUAACAUUAGGCUCACAACAAUCACAACUAACUCCCGGUUUAAAGAGAAGGACCGACAGAUUUCGCCGCGUGACGCGUCUUUCGCACCGACCGGCGGACGUGUUUAAGUUUAUCAGAGGAACCGGUAACCUUGCGGAUAUUUUUUUUGUUCCCUUUUCACCAAGAGAGAAAAAAGAUCCGUGUCCGGAUGUGCCAGCAGUGUUGGGCUUUUUUCUCGCAUGGCGUAGGCACCUUCUUCUAAAGCCGGAUAUUCUUGAUGUUUGGUGGGUCGGAGGAGGCCCUCGGGUCCACAGUGUGUCCCGCUCACAUUAGCCAAACCUGCAAAUGUCCCAAUUUGUGUGGGAAAUGAUCAACGGGCGGAUUGAGCAAUAGAGAGGAAGUAAGCGUCGUAACACAUCCCGACUAGAAAGUCACCGGGAUUACGUGGUGUUUUUGUUUGCUGCUCGAAACCCAAACAACAACAACAACAACAACACCAACACCAACAACAACAACACCAACAACACCAACAACAACAACAACAACAACAACGACGUUUGUUUGAGCUCUUACAAGGGAGACGAAAAGAGGAGAUAUUUGCUUCCUUGUCUCGUGUGACUGUGUGUGUGUGUGUGUGUGUGUGUGUGAACCCCUCAGAGGAGAACCUUCACGAUGACGGGCAGCAGCACCCCAGCGGACAUGAUAAACCUGCGGCUUAUUUUAGUCAGCGGGAAGACGAAAGAAUUCCUCUUCUCUCCCAACGAGUCGGCAGCGGACAUUGCCAAACACGUCUAUGACAACUGGCCGAUGGACUGGGAGGAAGAGCAGGUCAGCAGUCCUAACAUCCUGAGGCUGAUCUACCAGGGCCGCUUUCUACACGGCAACGUAACACUAGGAGCUCUCAAACUGCCCUUGGGGAAGACCACAGUGAUGCAUUUAGUUGCCAGAGAGACUUUGCCUGAGCCAAAUUCCCAAGGUCAGAGGAAUAGAGAGAAGACUGGGGAGAGUAACUGCUGUGUCAUUCUGUGAAUACACACCACCGCCACCGGCCCUCCAUCCUUCUCAUCUGUUCUCACCCUCAACAUCCUGGACCUACUGAGUUUGUCCCCUGUCCUGAAACGUGUCCACAAUGCGGAUAUGCAUACAGACAAACACACGCGCACACACACACUUUUCUCCUUUUGUUUUCCCCCUCUCACACACACAAAUAGAAAGACAGCAGGCUCAGACUGAUUCGGGACACAGAGUUGGGAGCAGGAAAUUGAUUAACGAGUUGAUUCCUUUGUUCUACUUUUUUUUUUGUGUGUUAUAACUGAAAAUGAGUGGAAGGAACUGGAUUUCCAUGUGUUUUUUUUUUCUUUCUUUUCUCUUCUUAAUGCACACCUUUUGAAGCCUUCUGCCGUCACACAGACACACACAUACAUGCAAUAGGCCGACACAUAAACAACGUGUCGAACCAUCCUCGGCUCCUCAUUCUAGCUGGUUGUCAUAGUAAUGCAGUGCCCAAGUUUGUGUGUGUGUGGCCUUGUUUUCUCAUACACACCGCUGAGAAUUUUAACCACUAACAACUUGCCAACACACA